GCUGAUGCAAUCACUGGCUCCUGAUCAGAUGCGACAUCGUCACUGAUUUUGGACUUUGGUUGAAGUUUAGAUCUCCCAGGAUUUUUGAUUGUGUUACUGCUGCUGACAUCAUCAGGGGUGUGAAGUAUAAAAAGUGGAUUUACUCAGUCGUCUAGUUUUCAUUCUGCUGUAGUGAAGAGGUGUGAAAACAUGGAGAAGAUGAGCAUGACUGUAGAGGAGAAAAUGUCCUGUUGGUUAAGAAAUGAGACGCUGGUGCUGGCCAAAGACUACAUCGACCACUGCACCGGGAUCCAGAGGACUCCUCCCAGCGAGUCUGCCGUGGCCAUGCGGCGUCUGGCGAAGGAGCUGGAGCACCAGUACAGGUCCAAGUUCCUGUCCAUGUCACACAGCUUCCUGUCGACGUGCGGCUCGAACCCGGAUCCGAGCGCCUGCCUGCGCAGCGUCAUGACCAUGCUGGUGGAGGACGGGAAGCUGAACUGGGGGCGCAUCGUCUCGCUGUUCGCCUUCACGGGAGUCGUCGCCGCAGAGAUGUUCUCCAGAGAGGAUGGAACGGAGAUCUGCAGGGGGCUGGCGGAGAGCAUCGCCGAUUACCUGGGGAGCGAGAAGAGCGACUGGCUGCUGGAGAACGGAGGCUGGGACGGUUUCUGUAAGUUCUUCGCCAGCUCCGGUCACGUCAGUCAGGACUCGUCGAUGAAGACAGCACUGUUCGCGGCUGCGGGAGUCGGCUUAGCGGGACUGACGUUCCUCCUAGUGCGCUGAGACACGCCCACCACCCGCCCCCUUCUCCUCCUCUCCUGUGCUCAUUUUCAGUUUCGAACUCCGAGAUCUCACCUGAACUAUUUAUUACAGCUUUUACAUCCCCACCUGUGAUUGAUUUCACUUCAGAACUGUUUUUUUUUUUUUUUUGUUGUUUGUUGUUGCACAUGUCACAUGGUGCGGUUUUAUUUUCCCAUGUUUUGGAUGUUAUGUAGCGUUUAAUUCUGAUGCGUCUUGGUUCAGUUUGUUCACCGGCGAGCGGAGUGGCUAACACACACUCUGAUGUCAAAAUGAAAGCUUAUGUGUGUGUGUGUACGUGUGUUCGUUUACAUAUCACUUAGUCUUUUUUUGUGUGUUAGCAUUCCCUCCACAUGUUGUUCCAGAAGGUGCUACUUUGUUCCAUGAAACUUUUUACGACUAAUGCAUAUAUAUAUAUAUUUUUCCCCCUGACUGUAAAACGAUUCAAAUUUUCUCCUGUAAAUUUGUAUUUAUUUUACCAUCGAGAGAACAAAAUUUUUACCUACUUUAGGCAAUUUCCCUUCCUUUUUCUUGACAAAAUUGUAUUUUUGCAUCAUUUUAUUUAUUUAACACUUUUCUUAAUAAAAGAUGUCAUGACCGUAAGCGAGCCUGACGCUCUUGUGCAGGUAAACACACACGCGCACCCUGGAGCGGAAACGCCCCGCGACCUUUAGCGUCUUAGCCGCAAAGUUGCUGAACGGGAAGAUCAGCCGAGUCCAAGAAAGCAAAAUAACCGCAAGAACCGUUUCAGACUGAAACUCGGGGCUCAAUACGCUUCCUGCAAUAAAUAACCGAGUGAGUGUGCGUGUGUGUGUCAUGGCUGCCUGCGUCAUGGAGGGAUUUACAACAUGCAACUUCAAUAAAAAUAAAUAAAUUUAAAAAAUGUUUUUUUUUUCGUUCAUCUGAUUAACAAUUGAAAAACUGUAUAUGAGAAAAUAUAAUUGGCAAAAAAAAAUUAAGGGACCACAAAGUCUCGGUUUGACUUUAACAUUUGUGUGUGUGUGUAUAAACUGUAUACACGCGCGACACAUGGGGACAUGGACGGAUCCUUAGGGCAAACCUGGACUGUACAGGGUUAAGUGGUAAAGAAAGUGAGUGAAUGAAUAAAUCUUAUUCUUGAUUUAAUUUGUCCUGGUUUUGUAAAUCAAUUUUAUUUGUAAAUAGCUCUUUUAAUAAUCAUUGUCACACAGCAGCUUUACAGAAUCAAAAGAAAAUUAUUAAAAUGUGUGAGGAAAAUAUGUACAAAUCAAAGUGAUCACUUUAUGAUGCCACAGCGUCCUGUAAGGUCCCAAAAUGUCUAGAUUUUUUUUAUUACUUUUCUUGAAUAAGUUCUUUGUGGGUUUUGA